AUGCAUCGAGUUUCGGAUGUUCCGGUCAUUCUGUUUAAUCCAUACUUAACGUGUAAUCUUUGCCGAGGCUAUUUAAUCGAUGCCACGACAAUUGUUGAGUGUCUACACUCUUUCUGCCGCAGCUGUAUCUUGACUUAUCUCAAACUGAACACAACGUGCCCGGUUUGUGCGACACUUUUGCACAAAACCAAACCACAUUGCGCAAUUCGGCCUGAUCGUGCACUACAGUCCAUCGUUUACAAGCUUAUACCGAAUUUAUUUGAAAAGGAAAUGCUAUGUAGAAGAAAAUUUUAUGAGGAUCAUCCUUCAUGUUACACCCGAUCUUUAAGUCCUGAAAAACGUGGUGAUUUAACCCUGAAUACUUAUGUACUCCAAGAAGAAGAUCGUUUAAGCGUUGAACUUCGGUACUGGAAUCAAAACGAACAUAAGAAUAAUGGUUGCUCAAGUAAAACUUCUAGUCAAACAGAUUCAAUUAGCCCGAUAUUGCCUGUUAUCCCCCCUACAUUUUUACUCUGUCCACCUGAACUUACAGUGGGACAUAUUGAAAAGCUGAUUCGAAUGAAGUUCAAUCUUAAACCCAGUGAGCAUGAGAAAUUUCCCACAAAUUCCCUUCGUAAACGACAUGUGAAUAACUCUGAUGAUGAAAUGGAGACUACUCCACUUGAAGUCUCUGCGCCAAACUCACAAAUCUCGUCACAAUCAUCCUGUAAAAUAUCACUUCCAACACAGUUCAUAAAAUCUAUAAGCUUAUCAUCUCCUAUGCUCAAUACUUCAAGUUCUGUUUGUUCUUCGCUAGCCUAA